AUGUCUCAUCAUUUAUCCACAAGUUUGACACAUUCUCAUAUAAAUGAACGUACAGAUAAUUUGUCGUCUUGUUUCAAAAGUUUAAAUAAAUUAAAAAAUGAAUUAAUCAUAAAGUUAGUUGAACCUUCAAUUGUACUACGAGGAGAUCCACAAGAAGCAUCAGGCACUUAUUUAAGAGGAACUGAACAAAAUGCAUGUUCAGAAAUACGAGAAAUUAUUAAUCAUAAAAUACAAUUUAAACUUUCAACGGCUGAAGUAUCAUUGCAACAUAAUCAUAUGUUUGAAUUAAAAAAAUUCAAGAUUCGAUCAGCCACAGUCAAGUUUCCUCCUGGUUCUUAUACAUAUCCAUUUGAAAUAUUCAUUCCCGGAAAUAUUUCAGAGUCUGUUAAUACAGAAUAUGGAACGAUCAAGUACAAAUUAGUAGCACGAGCUUCACGAUCUAUAUUAUUUUCGAAACUUUCAAAAAAUCUUGAUUUAGAAAUUAUAAGAAUCUUACCGGAUUAUGAUAUUUCUGAAGGGAUAGGUUUUUCAAGGGAUUACAAUUCAAUACUUAAUUAUGAAAUUUCAAUUCCGAAACAUGUAUUUCCUCUCGGACAAGUAAUUCAAAUCGAUGUUAAAUUAAUUCCUUUUAUCAAAAAGCUAAAAUUUCAUGGACUAAGUAUUAAAUUAAUAGAAAAAACCGAUUACAUAGCAAAUAACGAUAAUAUAAGGGUUUCCAAAACUGUGGCAAUUCUUGAGAUCAAUGAUUUAAUACAAGAAUAUCUUUUAGAAGAUCAAGAAGAAGAUGAUAUAGGUAACACAAGUUAUCAUAGUAAUUUCGAUUUUCCGAUACCAAAUUGUAAAAGUGGAACCAACUAUUCUAUAAAUACGCCAUUAAUUAAAAUUAAUCAUGAAUUAGUAUUUACAUUCAAAAUAAUUUUGCCACAGAAUUUUUAUCAAGAUUUUAAAAAUGAAUUUUCUGUAAGGAGUCCAAUUACUAUAGCUUCUUGUUUAACAGUCAAUCAAUUAUCUGGUUUACCUAAUUACGAAGAAAAUUCAAAAUUUUGUCCAUGUGAUUCUGAAUAUCAAAGGGUGGCAAGAUUAGUAUUGGGUGAUGCGGUAGUUGAAAGUUUAAAUUGUAGUGGUAGAAAUGAAAAUAAUGACAUUGAAAUGACGGCACCAUCAGGCGAUAGAUGUUGUGGAAAUUGUAAUGAUUGCAUUGAAUGUAGUAGCUGCGAUGCACGAAGAUUUCCUCCAAGUUAUGAAGAUGAUCGUGCACAACAUUAA